AUGGAAGACUGUUUGGCAAAAAAAAUGGAAAUCACUGUUUCAGAAGCUGAAAAACGGACUGGGAGGAUGCCAAAAAAUGCCGUGAACAUGCAAGAAACAUACACUGCUUACCUCAUUGAGACAAGAGCUGUGGAGUCCCAGAGUGAGGGACAGUGCGCCCCAGUGGACUCCCUGUGGCGACGUUACAGUGAAUUUGAGUUGUUGAGGAACUAUUUGUCAGUUACCUAUCCACAUAUUGUUGUUCCACCUUUGCCAGAAAAAAGGGCUGACUUUGUUUGGCAUAAGCUAUCGGCAGAUAAUAUGGAUCCAGAUUUUGUGGAAAGAAGAAGAAUUGGUUUGGAAAACUUCUUGUUACGUGUGGCUUCACAUCCUGUUCUUUGCCAAGACAAAAUUUUUUACUCAUUUUUAACACAGGAAAGUGGAUGGAAAGAAAUGGUGAAUGAGACUGGAUUUCAGUUAAAGGCAGAUUCCAGAUUAAAAGCUCUUAAUGCAACAUUCAGAGUGAAAAACCCAGACAAGAGAUUUACUGAGCUAAAACACUAUAGCGAUGAACUGCAGUCUGUCAUAUCACACCUUCUGCGAGUCAGAGCUAGGGUAGCAGACCGGCUGUACGGUGUCUAUAAAGUCCAUGGCAACUACGGAAGAGUAUUCAGUGAGUGGAGUGCAAUAGAAAAGGAGAUGGGGGAUGGGUUGCAGAGUGCUGGCCACCAUAUGGAUGUAUAUGCAGCUUCUAUUGAUGACAUACUGGAAGAAGAGGAACAUUAUGCAGAUCAGCUGAAAGAAUAUCUCUUCUAUGCAGAAGCACUACGGGCAGUUUGCAGGAAACACGAACUAAUGCAGUAUGACUUGGAAAUGGCUGCACAGGACUUAACAUCUAAGAAACAGCAGUGUGAGGAGCUGGCAACAGGAACUGUGAGAACAUUCUCCCUGAAAGGGAUGACCAGCAAGCUGUUCGGGCAGGAAACCCCUGAGCAGAGGGAAGCCAAGAUAAAAGUUCUAGAAGAGCAGAUACAGGAAGGAGAAGAACAACUUAAGUCUAAAAAUCUGGAGGGCAGAGACUUUGUGAAAAGUGCCUGGGCUGACAUUGAACGAUUUAAAGAACAAAAGAAUCACGAUUUGAAGGAGGCGCUCAUAAGCUAUGCUGUUAUGCAGAUUAGCAUGUGUAAAAAGGGAAUUCAAGUUUGGACAAAUGCAAAGGAAUGCUUCAGCAAGAUGUGAUUAUCUGGAAAUGAAUUCCUCCUCCAAGUGCCAGAGAACGGAAGCACAAAUGUGUAACACCAAUGUUAAGUUGCUACAUGACUUACAUAUAAAUCAUGAAAUAAAUGAGUUGAGUGAAUAGUUUUUCUUUCUGCUGAUUGUAACUGUUAAUAAAGGACAAAAAGGACAUGUUAUUAAAUGUUUAGCCCUGACUGCCACAUCUGUGGCAUUUUUUUAUAUGUGGUAGCAAAUAAUUCAGGGGUAAAAGAGUUACUGAAAACUACAGCUCUGUAUUGGGGCAAAGGUAUAGAGCAAGUUAUCCCAGAAAGGAUGAACUGAACUGUUCUGAGACUUGUGAAACACCAUGCUCUGUAAAGUGUAGAUCACUUCCAGAUGCCCUUCUUUUCAGCCCUUGCUGUUUAGAAUUUGUAAUGCUCAAGGGUGCUUUGGUUUUAUAAUGGGACACACAGUUGUGUUCUUGAGGUCUACACCGUAAGAGACAAAAAAAUGAAAUAUUGCAACGCCUAGGGUUCGUAUUUAAAUGCCUUUGCAUGUCCAUAGAGAAGUGUGCUUUUCCAGAGUUCAGGUUAAGCAGUCUCAAGCUCCUGAGAUGUUUGAAACUCUCUACAGUAGAGGUGUUGUACAAUGGUUUGAUACAAUAUCCUGCAUUUACUGGUUCCCACUUCAGUUUUGAUAUGGGCAUUGAUUUCUUAUCGAACUUCUUCCUGCAAGUAAAGGAGACUGGUGAUCCAGCUGAGCAGCAAAACCAAAGUCAAAGCUGGUAAGAAGUGGAUGCAACUUCUGUUUGGUUGUUUGGAACCUGUUUACACCAGAUGUGAAUCUGGCCUGUGGUACCUCUUCUUGUAA